ACCGGGGCCUCUAUAUAAAGGGAGGCAAAUGGGCAUUCUCAGUCCCACGGUCCUGCACACAGUCGUUCCACUGCCCACAGUAGACAUGGCAUUCAAUGGUACCUGGAAAGUUGAACACAACGAGAACUACGACAAGUUCAUGGAGCAGAUGGGCAUCAAUGUGAUGAAGAGGAAGUUGGCGGAACAUGAUAACCUGAAGGUUAUCAUCGAGCAGACAGGAGACAAGUUCCACAUCAAGGAAUCCAGCACCUUCCGUAACAAAGACAUCGACUUCACCCUGGGCGUACAGUUUGACUACGCGCUGGCCGACGGCACCGAAGUCUCAGGUACCUGGGAGAUGGAUGGAGAUGUGUUGAAGGGUAAAUUCACCAGGAAAGACAACAGUAAGGUGCUGACCACCACUCGGGCCGUGGUGGGAGGAGAGCUAGUACAGAGCUAUAACUACGAUGGGGUGGAUGCCAAGAGGAUUUUCAAGAAGGCUUAAAGGGAUUCAUGACAAAUUUCUAUCUCACAUAUCAUUCUGUUUUUUCUAACCUUAUUAAGAAUAUGUGGCAAGACUUUAGCUCAGGUGCCAAAUUUAAAGUAUAAGUCCAAAUUUGCAGUGCCUUCCCCUCAUUCUCCAAACCCCGUGUACCCCCAAGAACAGCUUCAAUAGUUCACUAUUGGAUGAAGGCCAUAUCACCCUCUGAAGAACCCUUAACUGAAGGUGUGGACCAUAGAAUUAAGAAUUAGAAUACCGGAAUGGUCAUGAACAUUCUUAUGACGGUAUAAAGGUUAGCUAUUUUGGUCAGGAAGUUGGUCAACCGUAGUUUGCCAGUGCUGUGAUAAGAUAUUGUGUAAAAUAAUGAAUUUUAUGAACGUAUCUGCAUUGGUAUGUUUGUUAGCUAUCUAGCCAGCCAAUCUUCGAGGAAUGAGUCCAUCCAUUUCUCAAAUUAACUGCCAAUAUUCCAUUGAAACAAUGCAAUCAAUCCACAGCGAUACAGUGGCUGAAAUCAGUUGAUGAUAGGACUUAGUUGUAAUUGCAGAAGUACUGAUAUUGAAUCAUAUAAAAGCACUCACAGCUUUCAAAGAAAAUAAACAUUUAGACAUUUAUGGUCUGUAAACAUUUAGACAUUUAUGGUCGGUUUACAUAUAUUUUAGAAGCUAUUUAUACAGAACAUUUGUAUAAAACAAGUAUAAACUGUAUUUAUAAUUAUAUGAUACUAUUUUAGUUUGACAAUAAUUAUAUUACACAAUUUCUGAUAUAUCACAUGCCUUACUUUUAUUUUCCUGCAUGAAACAAUUCUGGAUUAUGCCUCUACUGCCAUUUACUCCAAUUAGACUGGUUUGGAUUUCUACCUGACCAAUAUGGCUGCCAUUUUCAUCCCAUUCUGGAACCUUGAGGGUUUAUGACAUAGCCCCUCUAGUUAAUGAAUAGCAUUUCCACAGUGUGGCCUGCUAAAACCUUCCAAACAUUCAUAAAGCAAGGAACAUUAUGUUGGCUGAUAUACUUCCAGAGUGACUAAAACCUUUGAACAAUCAAGAUUAAACUCUCCAUUGAAUCCAGAAAGGGACGUGUCAUCUUUGGUGUACAUUUAACAGGUGUCCUUUUCUACUCAACAAUUUUUUAUAAUUGGUCUUGCACAAUAAAAAUACUUUAACGUUCCA